AUGUCCACCAAAGUUGUCAGAGAAACCAAGGUUCUCCUCACUCCAAAUAACUACGCUCUAUGGUUUCUUCCAAUGGAGGUGCGACUUUUCAAAUUGAAUUUGUUGGACGUUGUCGAAGACAAUAUCGUAACUAAAACUGAAUAUGACAAGGCAGCCUGGAACAAGUUGAACAACACCGCCUAUUCUGAAAUCAUAGGAUACAUUGGUCAAGAAGUCCUUGGUUUUGUCAGCUCGGCCCUUCCCUCAACACCUCGCUUCAACGGUCAGGGACUUUGGAAACUCCUGAAGGCUCAAUAUGCUGGCGAUGAUCUCACAUUGCAAACAACCGCGCUGGAUCAGUUUUUACAUCUUGACUUCUCAUCAAUCUCUCUUUUCAUUCCCGCUGUUCAAUCGGCUAAUCAAAAAAUAACAAUGUCAGGAUUGGUUUUGGAUGAUCGUGUCCAAACAAUUUUAAUGUUGAAAAAGUUACCGUUGGAUUAUCGCUCGUUUCGCGAUAUCGUUUUGAUGAACUAUGACUCGGAAUCUUUUGAAUCGGUCAUCAAGAAACUCGAGAGCUAUGUAGCUCAAAACAAUCUCGAUAAAAAGCCUGUUGCAUCAACAACUCCGCUACAGUCACUUCUUACUCGAUCAAGCAAUCAAUCUUCGUCGAACUCACCACUCUGCGAUCACUGCAAGAAGCCGGGUCAUCGCAUCAAUAACUGCUGGGUUAAAUACCCUGAAAAGGCUCCAAAGUCACACUCAGCUCACAUGACGGUUCAAGACAACUUCAACCAACUCAAUGAUCCAACCGAUUUCUCUCACUUCAGAACAGCCGACGGCAAACUACACCACGUUGACGAGAUGAGGUUUGAAGGUGUCCAAUACUUCAAUACAUAG